AUGGCAGAUCUCGGCGCGACCUGGGAGCGUGAGUUGCUGGAGCAAUUCUCCUGCCUGACUGCCGCCACAGACGAGGAGCCCCAUCUGAAUACAGCUGAUAUUACUUCGGAAAGCAGCGACAACACAACGGGCUUAUUGCAUUUAAGUGAUGAAGUUCUCCUGGUUAUACUCAGGAACUUGGACCCAGUGUCGCUGCUGAGGCUCGGCAGCACGUGCAGCUUAUUGUUCCGAGUUUGUUCGUGCAACUCUCUGUGGACCACACACUUCCAGUAUAUGAAGGGGCAAGGCCCAUGUUCUAUAGCUGUUAGCUUUGAACAGGGUGUAGUGCAUCCUGAACACACAGAGCUGGAGUCUAUGUACCAUCAGUACGUCCAAUGCAGGUUCCAGUGGCUCUUUAUGUAUUGGUUGUUUCGUCAGCCGGCUCCAUACAACAAGCAGCUGCGAUCAAUUUUCCUGCAGUGGAGGAAGCACAGCAAGAGAAAGGUGGCCACGUGGGGUGAAACACUGUGUGAUGUGAGGUACCUGGCCUCCCUGCACCCCAUCACCAAAGACUACUGGAGAGGCCGAUUGGCCCGGGGAGAUGAGAGCCUCGGGAUUCAGACUGUCGGAAACUACUUCUCCAUGUGCAAGUCUCUCGUGGCCUGGAUCUUGGGCCGCGACUGGGGCCGACUGAAGCGAAGAAAGGUUUAUGAAGACACACUGGAGGGUGUGUAUCUUCUGCUGAGACGGGAGAUGCAGGAGACGCUCAUCGAGCACGAGCGCUUCUGGCAGGUGGCCAAAGUCCAGAUGACCUGUGUCUGUACGCUGGAGGAGACGGCUGCAAAUUAUGUCAACUGGAAAAUGAUUGAGUCGCUCCCCUACUACAAGCUGUAUCUGGUGUCUGGUAAUUCAGUGUACCUGGAUCACGUUCAAGGUUUCUUGCGCAGAAAGAGGCUGAUCUGGGAUUGGAUUUAUCUGGAGGAGAACGGCUGGGCGAGACAGUUGCUGCCUGAAUCGCUCUACACACUGCUGGAGUUAGGCUGCUUUAAGUUAAAUUAGUUUUGAGUUUGCACGGGGACUGUGUGACGGCGCAGCUGAGUCGACUCAUGUGGCUGUACCUGAACUCUGGCCAGGAGCUCUUUCUGCAGGCGCUGAAGGGAAUGGUGCUGCAGUGCGCUCAGGCCCGUCUCAGCCAUCUCAACAUGCUUCAGGCCUGACCUCAUACACUCACACAAACCUUUUAAGUGUUUUAACUGCCUUUUUAUAACAUGCCUAUGAUUGAUUUUUUUUAAAACCAUUUUUAGACUUAUUUUUUUGCAACCUUUACUUUUUAAGUUGUCAGUCCUCCGGUUUUAGUGCACAAAAUCAUUCAUUCUCAAUUUAUGUCUGAGUAAAUGCAGUGCACAUACAAAGAUAAUCGUUUUAGCAUGCCAAAUGAU